AUGGAUGAAGAGUCAUAUGCCGUUGAGGCGAAGGGAAUGAUGAAUGAACCUAUUCAGAAUGAUUCUGAUAAGCCUUAUGCCCCUGCGGAUCUCGAGCCUUUUGGUAAUGAGGAGACCGCAGAGGUGAAGUACCGCACUAUGAAGUGGUGGCAUUGCGGCAUGCUUAUGAUUGCGGAGAAUGUGUCUGUGGGAAUUCUGUCUUUGCCCUCUGCUGUUGCUACUCUGGGCAUGGUACCUGCUGCUAUCAUGAUUCUAUUCAUCUCUGCUCUGUCCUGGUACACGGGUUAUGAGAUUGGUCAAUUCAAGCUUCGUCACCCUCACAUUCACAGUAUGGGUGAUGCUGGUGAGAUUCUGAUGGGUCGCUUUGGUCGUGAAUUGCUUGGAAUUGGUCAGCUGUUGCUGCUGAUCUUCCUUAUGGCUAGUAACAUUCUUAUGUUUAAUAUCUUGAUGAAUGUUCUGACGAACCACGGUACUUGCACGCUGGUCUUUGGUGUGGUCGGUUUGGUCAUCUGUUUCUUGGGUGCUCUGCCUCGUACUAUGGACAAGGUGUAUGUCAUGUCUGUUGUCUCAUUCUUGAGUGUCUUCAUUGCUACCAUUAUCACCAUGGUCUCUGCCGGUGUGGAAAGCAAGGGCUACAUCCCCUAUAAAGCUACCACAGAAGUUGGCUUCCGCGAGGCUUUCCUCUCCGUGACUAACAUCAUUUUUGCUUACCUUGCCCAUGUUGCUUACUUCGGCUUCAUGUCUGAGACCGAGGACCCCCGUACCUUCAACAAAUCUCUCGCCAUGCUUCAAAUCGUCGACACUGUCCUUUACCUGAUCAGUGCUCUGCUGAUCUACCGCUGGGUUGGACCUGAUGUUCAGUCCCCUGCUAUCUUGUCUCUGAGCCCUCUGAUGAGCAAGAUCGCUUGGGGUCUUGCCAUCCCAACUACUAUUCUCUCUGGUGUUGUACUCGGUCACGUUGCAUGCAAGUACAUCUACGUGCGUAUUUUCCGUGGAUCCGACGAGAUGCACAGCCGCAGCUUCCUCUCCAUCGGAACCUGGGUUGCUAUCUGUCUCGGUGUUUGGGUUAUCUCCUGGGUUGUCGCGGAGUCGAUUCCCGUGUUCAAUGACUUGUUGAGUCUUAUCAGUGCUCUGUUCGGAAGUUGGUUCAGUUUCGGUCUUCCUGCUGUCUUCUGGUUCCACAUGAACCGCGGUCAAUACUUCAAGAACUGGAAGAAGACUUGUCUCACCAUCAUCAACGUUGGAGUCUUUGCUUGCGCUUGUGCUAUUUGUGGAUUGGGUCUCUGGGUCUCUGGCGUUGCCAUCCACAACGAUUCCAGCUCUUCGGCCUGGUCUUGCGCUAAUGAUGUUUAA